AUGUGUUGUUGUAAGAGAAAAGCUUUAGUGUUGACGCUUGGAACUUUACUAUUUACACUUUACUAUAGUGUAUCAGCAUUUCGUAGUGAUGUAAUGCAAAAAGUCGAGACUUUUUUUGAGCCAUCAAGCCAUAGUAAUAAUUGGGCUGUUUUAGUAUGCACAUCUCGAUUUUGGUUUAAUUAUCGGCAUGUUGCUAAUGUUUUAUCACUUUAUCAUUCCGUUAAGCGUUUGGGAAUACCUGACAGCAAUAUUAUAUUGAUGCUCGCAGAUGACAUGCCCUGUAAUGCAAGAAAUCCAAAACCAGGUAGCGUUUUUAAUAGUAAAUUUCAAUAUAUAAAUUUAUAUGGAACAGAAGUUGAAGUCGAUUAUCGCGGUUAUGAGGUUUCAGUCGAAAAUUUUAUCCGCGUCAUGACGGGUCGAGUGCAUCCAGCUACUCCUCGUUCCAAACGUCUUUUAACUGAUCAUCAAAGUAAUAUUCUUAUUUAUCUGACAGGACAUGGUGGUGAUGGAUUUUUGAAGUUCCAAGAUUCCGAAGAGCUUACAGAUGUUGAUCUUGCAGAUGCUAUAGAAACGAUGUUCCAAAGCAACAGAUAUAAUGAAUUAUUUUUAAUCGUGGAUACAUGUCAGAGUGAAUCAAUGUAUCUCAAAGUUUACAGUCCGGAUGUGAUAGCAACUAGCAGCUCACUUGUUGGUGAAGAUUCACUGUCUUAUGAUGUGGAUCAAUCCAUCGGAGUUUAUAUAAUCGAUCGAUACACUCAUUUCACCUUAGAAUUUCUCGAACGUGAGGUACGAUCGUCUCCUUCAAAUCGUACAUUGUCUGAUUAUUUCGCUUCUUGUCCUAAGAGAAAAUGUAUAUCAACUGUUGGCGUUCGUACUGAUCUUUAUGCUAAAGAUCCGAAUAGAGUUCGUAUAACGGAUUUUUUUGGAUCAUCGAGAAAUAUUCGUGCCAUAAAUGAAGAAAUUGUAUUUGACGAUAAAUGGUUAAGUCUUCAACCAAACUAA